AUGUCCGAAAAUGAAUUCCAAUCUGAUACUGGUAAGAAACUGAAUGUAAAUGAAUCAAUUUUAAAUGUUUGGGAACGAUGGAAAUCGGAAGAUAAUCAAAAUGAAAAACGAAUCGAAGCCUUCGAAGAAAUUAAAAAUUGUAAGGAAUGUUUAUAUUUGGUGGAAAUGCAUUUAUCUACUCUUCCAAGCACUUUUCCAUAUGGAUUAAAAAAAUUGAUUCUUAAAGAAAACAAACUCACGCUAAUACCAGAAAACUUACCGGAAACACUUGAAAUUUUAGACAUUUCAAACAACAAAUUAUUUAUGAUUACAGGGAAUUUACCAUCAAAUUUAGAGGAAUUACUAUUGGGUCAUAAUAAUAUUAUCAAUGUCCCAAAUACCUUACCAGAUUCAAUAAUACACUUACAACUAUACAGAAACUCAAUUACUACAUUGCCCAAUAAAUUACCUAGAUGCUUAAAACUUUUGGACAUUCACUCUAAUAAAUUAUGUUCCUUACCAGAAAACUUAUUCGGCUCCCUGAAAUCAUUACAAAUACUACAAAUGAAAAGUAAUAAUUUAACUAAAAUAAAAUUGGAUUCUGAAUCGUUAAUUGAGUUGGAUCUUGGUAAUAAUGAAAUUGAAGCAAUAGAAUUUUUCAAUUUGCCCAAAUUGCAAUACUUAGACGUUAAACAUAAUAAUUUAACAAAUCUACCCAAUUUAUCCCAAACAUUAGAAUAUUUAUAUGCAUCUUCUAAUAAGUUAUCCGUAAUCUUCGAAUUGCCAAACUCACUAAAAGCAUUAUAUUUAGAUUCAAACAACAUUUCGAUUUUACCAAAACCUUUACCUCUUCAAUUGAAAGAAUUGUCGUUACAUAAUAAUAAAAUAACCGAAAUACCCACUGAGCUACCUACAUCAUUAACUUAUUUAGGUUUAACAAAUAAUCUGAUUAUUGACAUAAAUUCAAGAGUUAAAUUUCCGACGAAUGCCAUAAUUGAUCUGGACGAAAAUCCCUUAUCUGAGACAAGUAUAGAAUAUUUAAAACAAUUAAUACGUACCGGAAAUCCCCCAACUAUUUGUUUCGAUGAUCUCGACGAGUAUUAUGAAAACUAUGUUAAAACUAGAUCAUUAGCAGAAGAAGUACCAUACUGGCUGGAGGAUGAAUUGGUUGAUCCGUGUUGGAAUCUUAUUUCAGAAGAAUCUGGAGCUACAUCUUUUUCUUAUUUUUUGUAUAGAAUACGACAAUCGGUAUUUUUCGUUGAACCAAUGAAAGGAGAUAUAUCGAAAUGGUUGUACUCAAUGGGGGAAGAAAAUAAUUCUAAACGUACAUUGCGUGAACUAAUAUUUUUUAUGGCAACAGAAGAAGAAGAAAAAAAUUUCGGGCCUUGGAACGCUAUGAUUAGAUGGACCUGGAACCAAAUGAAGCUUCUUGAAGUUGUUUUAAACGUUGAAUCUGGUAAAUAUGAUAAUAAAAUAGAAGAAUUAAUAGAAUUAGCAAGAGGGAUCUAUCGAUUAAACUUACUGGAACAAAUAACCAGACGAAAGUUGCAAAAAAUGAACCAACAAGAAGAAAUAGAAUGUAAUGAAUACCAUAUGAAUGUAGACUAUCAAAUUCGUUUGAAAGAUAUAUUGGAAUUGCCAAUUAGGCCCUACUUUUGGCCAUGGGAGCGGAUUAAAGAAGAAAAAGUAUCACGAAAUAGUGAAAAGGCAUCCUGGUAUAGUUGUUUUGCAUUAUCAAAUAAGAGUAUUGAACAAGCUAUCAAAGAAAUUAACGAGAAAGAACAAACUGAAUUCAUUAGUUUUUUAUUGAUUGAUUGGCAACCAUGGAAAGAAGUACUUAAACGAUGGAAUUAUGAAAAAUAUAUAAGUUCAGAAAAUGAUGUCAAAAAUGAGGAAAUUUUUUGUCAGGCAUUGGAUAAACGAAAAACAGAAUUUAUAAUUGAAUCUAAUAUGUCAGAUUUACCGUUAGACAUUGAAAUUCAACUUGGUACACAAGUUCAACGUGAUAUUGCAAAAGAUAUUUGGUAUAAAUUAACCAAUGAAUUUUUAGAAACUAAACAAUUACAUUUAAGAACACUGGUUUAA